AUGACCUGGGCGCCCGGCCAGAGCUACUGGCAGCCCCACAACCGCCCCGCCGCGCGGCGCGUGCAGAACAUGGGCUUCACGCCCGACGGGGAGCAGCUGUGGAUGAGCACGCGCGGCGGCGACGUCUACUUCUCAAAGGACACUGAGGGCACCGGGUUCGAGACCACCAAGCUCUCCAGCCGCGGCUUUGGCGUGCUCGACGUCGGGUUUGCGUCCAAUGACGUGGCGUUUGCGUGCGGCGGCAGCGGCAGCCUGUUCAAGAGCUCCGACGGCGGCAAGACCUGGAAGCGCGACAAGUCGACCGACUCCGUGGCGGGCAACCUGUACUCGGUGCGCUUCUUCGGCAACAAGGGCUUCAUCCUGGGCAACGAUGGCAUCCUGUUGAGGUACAUCGGUAACGGCGCGGCGUCGGGCAGCGCGUAA